CUCCCCCACUCAGAAAACCCAGCCGCCGCCGCAUCGGCCUCCCAGGUAAGCAGUAGCGUCCACCCCAGCCGCCGCCAUGAAGCGCAACCCCCGCGUCACGAGCUCCCGCCGGAAGUGCCGCAAGGCGCACUUCACGGCCCCGUCCUCCGUCCGCCGCGUGCUCAUGUCCGCGGCGCUAUCGACGGAGCUCCGCCACAAGUACAAUGUGCGUUCCAUCCCGAUCCGCAAGGACGACGAGGUGCAGGUCGUGCGCGGCACCUACAAGGGCCGUGAGGGCAAAGUGGUGCAGGUGUACCGCCGUCGCUGGGUCAUCCACGUUGAGCGGAUCACCCGCGAGAAGGUGAACGGCUCCACCGUGAACGUGGGCAUCCACCCUUCCAAGGUCAUGGUUACAAAGCUGAAGCUUGACAAGGACCGCAAGGCGCUCCUCGACCGCAAGGCCCGGGGCCGCGCCGCCGACAAGGCUAAGGGCAAGUUUACUGCCGACGACGUCGCCGCCGCUGCUGGUGGCGCCGCCGCCACUGGCGCGUCUCUCCAGGAGAUCGACUAGGCGCUUCGCGGGGAUCUGAUGGUGGUCCUACCGCCUAUUACUCCUUAUCGCUCUAGUUUUUGCUAUCAAUGAUUAUGUGCUAGGAGUUUUAUGUUACUUAUAAACUGCUUUGAGCCUCGAUGGGAGUUGAACUUAAUGUGGAGUGUAUCUGAGAUAUGAAGAACUCAUUAUAUGGCUAAUAUCUCUUGUUGUGUUCUGC